AAAGUGAGAGAAAAUUUUCACUUUGCGUCGCCACAUUUUUAUCUACCCAAGUACUUCGAAUUUAGUUAGUUAAAUAGUUAAAUUGUAGUGAGCAUUUUGAGCAACCAAACUGGAAAUUCUGAUCUCAGUGCAUCGAAUUGAAUUAAUUUUAUUUCUAUAUUGCAUUCAUUCCUUCAUACAGAUUAUCGAAUAAUGGCAUGGCAACAAAGUGGAAGUUAUCCGUACACUCAACAACAAGCUGUUCCUCCUCCAUCCUAUUAUCCAGGAGCUGGCUACCCCAGUGGAACCGGUGGAGCGCCUCAAGUGCCCGGAUUUAAACCAUUUCCGGAUACGACAGCUUAUCCCGGUACUCAGUCUGGAGGUCUUGGUACUGCUUACGCCGGCUAUGGAACUGACGGCUCAGCUGGAGGAAAUUUGGCAUUCAGCGAUAAAACUAUUCGAUUGGGUUUCAUACGGAAAGUUUAUUCAAUUUUAAUGUGUCAACUCGCGAUUACUUGCGCGUUCAUCACGUUAUUCGUAUUCAACGAUAGCGCCAGAGGUUUCGCCAGAGAUAACGGUGGUUUGAUGUUGGUAGCUUUCGGUAUCACCAUCGUAUGCCUAUUGGUAAUGAGCUGCUUCGAAUCUGCCCGCCGAACACCUCCGACUAAUUUUAUAUUUUUGUUCAUUUUCACGGUGGCUGAAAGUUUUUUGUUGGGUGUCAUUUCUUCUUAUUACCAUAUGCAAGAGGUGUUGUUGGCUGCAGGAAUAUGUACGGUUAUAUGUUUCGGUUUGACCAUAUUCGCUUUUCAAACAAAAAUCGACUUCACUAUGAUGGGAGGUAUAUUAUUUGUCGCGGUUUUGAUUUUGUUGAUUUUCUCUAUUGUACUGAUGUUCUGGCGCAGCAGUACGGGUCGUCUUGUGUACGCCUGUCUCGGCGCGUUCAUUUUUUCGGUAUAUUUUAUUUAUGACACACAAAUGAUGAUCGGUGGUAAUCAUAAGUACGCUAUUUCACCCGAAGAGUACGUUUUCGCCGCUUUGAACUUGUACAUCGAUAUCGUCCAAAUUUUCCUUUACAUUUUGAGUAUAAUUGGUUCAUCUCGGGAUUAAAUUUUAUUGUUUUCGAGUACGAGUAUCUUUUCCAGAUCUGUGGAUUAUAUUUUUUUCAAUUGUAAUGAAACCGUAUUUGUAUUUCGAUUUUUGGUUUCAUCUUAAUUUUGGAGACAACUAUCACCCUUGAAAAUUUUUAUAUUUUACUGUACCUAUACUUAUGUGUAUUUUUUUCCUCCCUGUUUUUCACAUUUAUUACAUUUUAAAGUUAUUUGAUAUUUUUAGUACAUUAUAUGUGAAUUUUUAGUUUUAAGGAUAGUUUCUCUCUAGUCUGCUGUUGAGCAGUUUUUAUUGGGUCUAGUUUUUGUUGCCUGAUUUAUAUAUUUUUAUUAUAAUAGCGUUGGUAGGGUUGAGGCGCAGUGCCUUGACUACGAAAGGUCUCAUUUUUUUUUUUUUUGGUUAGCCUAAAUUGAAAAUUGUUUCGCUUUUUUACGGGAAGCUUUGUACAGUUUCGCCCAUUUCGUGCAUUUCUGUUAUGUCAAUUGUCUUUUUACGAUUAAAUUUAUUUUCAACUAAAACAUAGACGGACUGGCGAGUGAUUUGAUUUUUUUCCACGCCAGAUAUGAAUUAAGGAUGAAAACGGUUGCAUUAUUUUUGAACUAUUUGACGCGAGUUUUCGUCGGCUGCCCUCGUGAAGUGUAACAUCCGAAACUGAGUAUGUCAGUACCUAAUUUUUCUAUUUAAUAGUACUAUGUUUUUUAUGUUUGUUUUCAUAUUACUUACGUUGUUUCCAACUUUUUAUUGCCAUCUUAUGCUUUAUACAAAUCCAUCAUGUUAACUUUUUUGUAUCAUAGUUUAUUAAAUGUGUGAAUUUUGGC